AUGGCAGAAGGCUUAAUUCUGUCUGAUGGAAAAAGAAAACCGCUGGAGAAAAUCAGCGAGGAGCACUUCCAGGAUUUGAUGUGGAUGUCUUUCUUCCAAGACUCAGGAGAUUUUGACAAUGGGGACAUAAGUGGAUACAGAAUGCACAAAAUCAUUCAUGACCUUGCACAAUCUGUUGCAGGAAAUGAGUCUAUUAUUCUAGAGAAAGGUCUUCCAUCAGGUAGUCUUGCUCAAACUCGCCAUGCUUCUGUGAUUUGUGAUUUUAAGUCCCCUGAAAUCCCUCAAGCUUUAUGUGAGGCAAAACAUUUGCGAACUCUCGUACUGUUUCCUGGAGGUGACACCACAGAGUUUCUCAAUCAAUUGUUUAAAAGUUGUCCAUCUUUGCGUGUGUUAGAUACGAAUAGAUCUGGCCUUCAUUUGGUUCACUCGAUUCGUAACUUCCUGUACUUGAGAUAUCUUGAUCUUUCUUACACACUGAUCAGGUUCUUGCCUUAUGGCACUGUUGAACAACUGCCAUUUUUGCAAACUUUGAAUCUUUGUGGUUGCUAUAACCUCAAGGAAUUGCCUCUUAUUGCAAAAAUGAUGAGCCUAAGACAUCUCAAUAUACCUGAAUGCGAAUCACUGACUCUGCAGACAUUGCCAACAAUUAUGGUUGGUGGUUUUCUAGACCUUAUGUUUCUAGGAAGCUUAAACCUUCGAGGUGAGCUAAAGAUCAUACAUUUGGAGAAUGUGAGUAAUUCAAAUGAUACAAAGAAUGCCAAUUUGAUGGAGAAAGACGGCCUUGAUUCUUUAGGACUAUACUGGAGGGAGAAAGAUGACAGUUCCAUCCUAAAGCUGAUGCAGGAGGACUUAAAACCUACAUUCUUCAAACGAGAACAGCAACAAUCAGCUGGAUCAUCAGAGCAGCACCAACCUGAUGCUAAUGCAGCAGAAGAAGUUGUCAAAGGCCUCCAACCGCACCAAAAUUUGAAGAUACUAGUUGUGGAAGGUUAUCCAGGAAAAAGAUUUCCACAUUGGACAGUUCCAAAUCUAACAAAGGUUGAUUUGAGAGAUCGCCUGAAUUGCAAUUGUCUUGCUGUCCUAGGGAAUCUACUAUUUCUUAAGACUCUCUUCCUGCAUGGAAUGCUUUCUCUGAAGCAUAUUGGGACGGAGUUCUAUGGCGAAGACACUAGGCAACUGUUCCCUUCACUCGAAGAGCUUGUUCUCAGUGAUUUCCUUAAUCUGCAAGAAUGGCUUGGUCCAGACGGCAAAGAUACCUUCCCUAAGUUGAGCAAAUUAAUUGUCAAGAGAUGCCCCAAGCUUACUUCAAUGCCAUUACUUGCCUCUCUUCUACACUUGGAAUUACGGGACUGUAGUGAAGUUCUAUUUAAUUCCAUUAGGAGUGCCUCUCUUACAGUUCUUGCUAUUGAGAAAAUAGCAGACUUUUCACCCUUAUCAGGAGGGAUCCUUGUAAACAAUCCUUUUCUUUCUUCUUUGGAGAUCACAGCUUGCCAAGCGCUUUGUUUUCCGCCAUCAGAAUUGGGAAACCUCGCUACUCUCAAGUCACUGAAAAUUCGUUGGUGUGAAGAGCUCUCCUCUUUCCAACAAGGUUUCCAGAACCUCAAGGCUCUAGAAUUCUUGGAAAUUUGUAAUUGUCUCAGUAUAAUUUCUAUACCAGAGGGGAUUGGAAGCUUGACUUCCCUCAGAAGUUUGUCCAUAGAGAACUGUGAUAAUCUGACAUCAUUACCUUUGAGUUUGAAAAAUCUCAAAUGCCUUGAGCACUUGACCAUCAUGACAUGUCCAAAUCUUGUGUCUUUGCCAGAGGACAUGCAUUGA